CGCUGUUCAUUUGAGUUUCGCGGUUCGAGGUGCUUUGCUUGCCCACUUGGUCUUUCGGCUCUGGAGAAAACUACUCGCAUCGAAUCGAAUUGAAUCUGGGGAAAUCAGUCCGAGUCCCAGCUACACAGUUCAGUUUCGCUUCCCAGUCCAACUAUAAAAGUGCGCUGCAGUCCCAGUCAAACAACUGCAUUCAGAUACAAACAAUUGCCAAUUGCAUUUUCAUGAGCUAACUGUCUCGCAUCGCGUGUGAAAAGUUACAAACAACACAAAAACAAUUGCCAACGGUUAAUGUUAAUGUCCAGGCAAUUAUAAAAAGCAAUUCGAUUGUCUGGCUUACGCAAGGCCAACUACAAUUACCAAUAAAUACGGCGAAUAAAGCAGCACAGAAAUCCCAAUUUGGAUUUAUUAAUAGCGCUGUAUAAAAAACAUAAAACAACAAUCGCUGCUGUAAAUAACCCAACAAAUUGCCAUCAGCAGCCAAUAUGUCGAUCGCCAGUGUUCACGGUCCCCAAAUCGCCGACAUCUGCAGUCCCCUGUCGCAUCACAAUCUCGGUCUGUCUGCCUCGCUGCCAGAUCUGGUGGGCAGUCCCCUGGAGAUCAGCAUGGACAACGUGCUGACCAUCGAGGAGCUGCGCCAGCACAUGGGCUCCUGCUUCACCUGCGGCGUCUCCUGGACGGACGACCAUGUGUCCCUCGACUGCAGCGAGUGCGGUGGCUACAGCCUGGAGCGUCCCUGUCCCCUGUGCGACGGCCAGUGCGGUGUCCAAUGGAAACGUGAUUUCGCCAUGUCCCAUGCCUGCAGUCAAGCUCGCUGGGUGGGCGUGUGCAUCAGCUACCCGGAAGUCGUGGCCGGAGUCCAGUUGCCCGUGGGAGCAGCCGCUGGAGCCGCCACCUCGUGUGCCGCCGCCGCUGCGAAUCAACUGCGCCUGGCCCAGGAGCUGCGCUCCCGCCUGGAACAGCUGUCCAUGUCGACGGCGAGCAAAAGCGGUCGCAUCUAGAGCGGAGUCCCCGUCCAGUUCCUUCGACAGCCAGACUGCAAACACGCCUCCACAUCAGCCACACCCCCGCACACAGCCAUCCAUCCGGAAAGCAGAAGCAGAAAGCUGGAGCGGAAUCAGCUCCACCUGCACACCCACACACACAGUCUCUCACCCGUAAUUUAGGGCCUAAUUACUAAGCUUCUUAGCUGUAAGUUAUUAUUGUUGUGCAGCGUUGAGUCUUUUGUUUUUUGUUCAGCACACACAAUCUUUUGUUUUAUGAUUUCACCGGUAUGGUUUCGUUCCGAUUCGUUGUGUGACAGUGCAAAUGUUUAGCCACUAAGUAAGUUCCUUUGUUUACCUUCCAAUGGCACCAUUUGGUUUGCGCACAUUACCUGUUCUAUCCAGGAGAAGACUUCUUUCUGCUUAGACUUAAGCCGAGUUUAGGCAAUGCAGUGAUAACGGUGAUAUUAGCCAGAAAGAAUCGUGAGCAAAUAGUGAAUUUACAUGAUGUAGCAAAUGUCUAACGAUAGCUAAGCGACAUGAGAUGAUCAUUUUUGUAUAGCCCACACGCACACAAACACAUCAAACAACCCGUGUAAUCGCGUAGAGAUUGUUGUUAACAAUUAUAUAGUUGUUGCUUUCUGCCUUGUGUCAAAGCUUGUUCGAAGCGAGGAGCUCCGCGGGCACAGAUCAAAGCUAGCUGCGAUGGUGCCGGCGGAGGGCUCAGUGAGCGAAGAAAGAAGAAUCUUCCAGAUUGCCUAAUGCAUAGAGCUCAACAAAGUAACUACAGGAUUGAACAGUCUCUCCAAGGGAAAGUGAAAGCGCGAGAAAUGAGCAAUUAAGGAUGUGAGAUCACGCACAAGGAAACAAUUGAAAAGCAUUACUCAAAGUUGAAGAUUUUCUGUGAAAAUCCAUAUGACAUGUAGAAGUUUAUACCUAAUAUAUACACCUAUAUAUUAUAUACCACAUAAAUCUGCAUACAAUAUACAUAAAUAAAUAUAUAUAUUUUUAAUGUA